AUGCUCAAGCUGGGCUGGGGCACGGUGAACCUGGAGGCCCGGGCCGCCGGUUCACCCUACAACUGGUCCUUUACCGGCACAGCCACACAGGAACAGGCGCCCAUGCCGGUGCCCCGAGGCAAGGUGCUGGGCGGUUCCAGCGCGAUCAACGGCCAGACCUUCAUCCGGGGCGCGCCCGAGGACUUCGACACCUGGGCUUCCUGGGGCAACGACGGCUGGGGCUACCUGGACUGUCUGCCCUACUUCCGCCGGCUGGAGAACGACGCCGACUUUCACGACGACUUCCAUGGCACUGACGGGCCGGUUCCGGUGCGGCAUCACCCGCGCGAGACCUGGCCGGUGGUGCAGGAAGCCUUUUUCCAGGCCGCCACUGCGGCCGGAUACCCCUACAAUCCGGACGUCAACCACCCGGAGGCCACGGGAAUCAGCCAGCGGGCGGAGAACAACAUCGAGGGCGUGCGCAUGAGCAUGGCCCUGGCGUACAUCAACCCGGUGCGGCACCGGCUGAACCUCACCAUCCGCCCGAACGUCCAGGCGCGGCGCGUGGCGCUGGAAGAGGGUACCGAUGGAAAGCGAGCCGUCGGCGUCGAGGUGGAGAGCGGCGGUGAUCGCUUCGUCGUCGAGGGCGACGAUAUCAUCCUGUGCGCGGGGGCGGUGGCCUCACCGCAAUUGCUGAUGCUGUCCGGCAUCGGCCCCGCCGGACAGUUGGCGGCGCAGGGAAUCCCGGUCGCCGUGGAACUACCCGGCGUGGGCCAGAACAUGCGCGAUCACACCAACGUGUCCGUGCGUUUCAGCGUCAAGGAGGGCACGCCCGAAGACCCCGACGCCAUGCGGGCGGUGCGCCUGCGCUAUACCGCCACCGGAAAGGGCGAGUUGCGGCUGGAGUCGGACGACCCGCAAAACUGCGCCCAGCAUGGACUAUCGCUACUGGAAGAAGACUGGGACCGGGAACGGUUGCGGGAGUGCGUCCGACGGUGCGUGUCGCUGCUGCAGCACAGCGCCUACGACCGCUUCAUCCAGGAAAUAACCGCUCCCUACGCCGGCAGACCUGGAGAGCGACGACGCUCUGACCUCUGGCUGACGGCGCAACAUCAGCACCUCGUACCACAUUUCCGGGCUACCUGCAAGAUGGGGCCGGAGAACGACCCGAUGGCGGUCGUUGACCCUCAGUUGCGAGUGCGCGGAGUAUCCAACCUCCGCGUUGCGAUGCUUCGGUGA